AUGUCCCAUUUAAUAACUUUAGCCACAUGUAAUUUAAACCAAUGGGCUUUGGAUUUUGAAGGAAACAGAGAUCGUAUUUUAGAAUCAAUCAAAAUUUCAAAGGAAAAAAAGGCUCGUUUACGUGUUGGUCCAGAGCUUGAAAUCACUGGGUAUGGUUGUUUGGACCAUUUUUUGGAAGAUGACUUAUAUUUACAUUCCUGGGAAAUGUAUGCUUCUAUUUUGAAAACCCCUGAGACUUUUGAUAUUUUAUUGGAUAUUGGUAUGCCAGUUGUUCACAAGAAUGUCAGAUAUAAUUGUAGACUGUUGUCAUUUAAUGGUAAAAUCUUGUUGAUCAGACCUAAGAUCUGGCUAGCCAAUGACGGUAAUUACAGAGAAUUAAGAUACUUCACUCCAUGGUUCAAACCGACAAUUGUUGAAGAGUUUCAAUUGCCGGUUAAUAUCGCAAAGCUUACCGGACAAUCGUUGGUCCCAUUUGGUGAUGCAGUUAUUAAUGCAUUAGAUACAUGUAUUGGAACCGAAACCUGUGAAGAAUUAUUUACCCCAGAAUCCCCCCAUAUUGCUAUGAGUUUGGAUGGUGUAGAAAUUUUCACUAAUAGUAGUGGGAGUCAUCACGAAUUACGUAAACUAAAUAAAAGAAUGGAUUUGAUUAAAGGCGCAACUAGUCGUUGUGGUGGGGUUUAUCUGUAUGCUAAUCAGAGAGGUUGUGAUGGUGAUCGAUUGUAUUAUGAUGGGUGUGCUUUAAUUGCUAUCAACGGCAAAGUUGUUGCCCAGGGGUCUCAAUUUUCGUUAAAAGAUGUUGAAGUAGUAACCGCCACUGUUGACUUGGAAGAUGUUAGGUCUUACCGUGCUGCCUUCAUGUCCAGAUCUAUGCAAGCUUCUUUGUCAAAAAUAAGAUACCAAAGAAUCACCGUCGAUGUUGAAUUGGCCGUAAAAAAUAAUAGAUUUGACCCUUCGAUUACUUUAACUGCAGCAAGGGACGUUCGCUACCAUUUGCCCGAAGAAGAAAUUGCCCUGGGUCCAGCCUGUUGGCUAUGGGAUUAUUUAAGACGUUGUAAAGGUACCGGUUAUUUUCUACCUUUAUCUGGUGGUAUUGACUCUUGUGCCACAGCUGUCAUUAUUUUUUCCAUGUGCAGAUUGGUUAUCAAGGAAAUUUCUGAUGGGAAUUAUGUAGUUCUUAAAGAUGUUCAAAAAAUAUGUCGUAUGGGUCAGGAGUGGAUUCCAAGUAAACCGGAAGAAAUAGCAAAUAAAAUUUUUCACACUUGUUAUAUGGGUACGGAAAAUUCAUCAAAGGAAACAAGAGAUAGAUCGCGUAAUCUAGCGAAGAGAAUUAAUUCAUACCACGUUGAUUUGAACAUGGACCCUGUAGUCAACAGUAUUAUCAGUUUAUUUGAAGUGGCAACUGGUAAAAAGCCUGUUUAUAAAAUAUUUGGUGGCUCUCAAAUUGAAAACCUGGCUUUACAAAAUAUCCAGGCUCGUUUAAGAAUGGUUUUGUCAUAUCUUUUUGCUCAAUUAUUACCUUGGGUUCGUAAUAUUCCAAAUAGUGGUGGGUUGUUGGUCUUGGGAAGUUCUAAUGUUGACGAGUGUUUACGGGGGUAUUUGACCAAAUAUGACUGUUCAUCAGCAGAUUUGAACCCAAUAGGUGCUAUAUCUAAAAGGGAUUUGAAAAAAUUUAUUGCUUAUGCAUCUGCAAAUUUUGACAUGCCAAUUUUGGAUGAUUUCUUAAAGGCAACACCAACUGCAGAAUUAGAACCAAUCACAAAAGAUUAUGUUCAAUCUGAUGAAAUCGAUAUGGGUAUGACAUAUGAUGAAUUAGGUGUUUUUGGUUCAUUGCGUAAAAUAGAUAAAUGUGGACCAUAUUCAAUGUUUUUGAAAUUAUUACAUUUAUGGACACCAAAAUUAACACCACGUCAAGUCGCUGAAAAAGUUAAAAGAUUUUUCUUUUUUUAUGCAAUUAAUAGACACAAGCAAACUGUUAUCACGCCAAGUUAUCAUGCUGAAAAUUACUCUCCAGAUGAUAAUAGGUUUGAUUUACGUCCAUUUUUGAUUGAUCCUCGAUUCCCAUGGGCUUCCAAAAAAAUUGAUAGGAUUGUAGAUCAAUACGAGGGCAAGAUCAGCAUUGAUGACCUAAACAAUUUAGAAGUUGACUGA